UGGUUUCCACCUGUGGGAAGGGAACACUUGACCUCAUACAGUCUUGCACCUGUAACAAGUGGCAUUUCUCCCUCGCCUGCUGAACAGAAAACAUUGGAUUGCAAAGCUAAAUGAUCAGGUUUUGCGCUCCUGCGGAUUUGUUUGCGGCACCCGAGGACACUUGGAAACUAUCUUGAUUUUUUCCUCUUGCUUUAAAGGUAAUCGGAUUAACAGGUCCAGUUUGUAACCUGCUGAGUUGGUGUAACCUGGAAGACCGCACAUUGACCAGCCCCCCUGAAAGAUGACUCAUAUCUAGAAUGGCACAAGUCACAGCUUUGCUUAUUUACCUCAAGUCAAUGACGCGUGUUCAGACAUUCAUUGCUAUGGUUCUUUUUGCCUCUUUAUUUCUGAUCUUCUUCCUCAUGACUGUCCCGGUGGAUACCAUCCACAGUUUACGGAGUGUAAGAACACAAUUUUCCAAACAGAAGGACAUUACCAGGAAAGAUCAUUUACACAAUGUAUCAGUUUCAGCUGGCUUCAGACAGGCCAUCCCUGAAAGUAGAGCUUACUGGAACCGUUUACUGUACUCAUCCCUGGUGAAUCUGGAUAAGGGAGGAAACCCCUUCAAUCGACGCUCUAACUGGUCUAACUGCAGGAUGACAAAUCAAGAGUUUCUGCAAAUCAACAUGCAUGACUUCAACUCCUACCCUGCCCGAUUUCGGGAUUUUUUGGAGGGGAUGAACUGCAGGACUGCCCCAAUUCUGAUUGAUCAGCCCAACAAAUGUGCUUUUGGUAAAAGGGAAACAGAGAGCCACACCUUGUUGCUUUUUGCCAUAAAGUCAUCUCCGAGAAACUUUGAGCGGAGGCAGGCGGUGCGAGAGACGUGGGGUCAAGAGAUGGUGUAUCCAAAUGGACUCAAAGUGCGUAUGGUGUUCCUCCUGGGCAGCUCCCCACCGCAAGAUCCUGACCUGAGCCCACUGCUGUCAUUUGAAGCAAAACACUAUGGCGAUAUCCUGCAGUGGGACUUCCAUGAAACAUUUCUAAACCUGACGCUCAAAAUGAACAUGUUGCUCGACUGGACAUUGAAAAACUGUCCUCAUGUCUCCUUUGUCUUUAGUGGGGAUGAUGAUGUAUUUGUCAACACCCCAGCACUGGUCAGGUACAUAGAGUCUCUUGAGGCUUCUAAAGUAUCUAGUUUGUAUGCUGGUCAUGUUAUAAGUGUUGGAAGUCCCCUCAGGGACUCAAAAAGCAAAUACUACAUCCCUAUGAGCUUCUACGAUGGCCCAUACCCUCCUUAUGCUGGUGGAGGCGGCUAUCUUAUGUCUGGAGCUUUGCUGGAAUCCCUCUAUUCAGUUUUACACGUAAUUCCUUUCUUCCCCAUUGAUGAUGCUUACAUUGGGAUGUGUUUCAUGGCUUUAGGGAUUUCUCCCGAAGCACACUCAGGAUUUCAGACAUUUGAUAUCAGAGCAGAAGAUCGUGAGGAUCUCUGUGCAUAUAAAAACCUUAUUCUGGUUCACCAGCGGUCCCCACAGGAGAUAAAAAAUUUGUGGAAGGGGAUUAACAGCUCCUUGUUGGCUUGUUAAACUGGACCGGUUGUGAAGAUGUCAAAUAGUGACUGCACUUACAUAAAACUUUGUGCUUUCACUAAUGUCCUGUUCAUGGUUUUGCACAAGGGAUUGAAAUUAAGGGGUUUUGAUAAUCUAUAGAACAUCUUGCAAGCAAAAAAAUGUAUUGUGAACAAAAUUAAGUUGCCAUAAAGCAGCUUGAUUUUGUUAACGAACUGGAUGUGAUCAUGGAAAGACAUUUGAUUGCCCAUUCAGGCACUAACUCACAUGCAGGUGAAACAGACCUGUUUUUGAUGAUUCACAAACCUGCCAUACAACUGAAAUUAAAUAAAAACAAAACGAGAAUGAGUGUUCCUCAGUUUAUUUUCCACAAAACACCAAUCAUGAGCUAGGUUAAGUGUACAGUUCUGGGAUUUAGAACAGUGUGUAACAUCACCACAGCAUACCAUCCCAUCUAAAAUUUUGGGUGUGUAUACUAAGAAGCAUUUAAAUACAGUUCAGUGACACAAGUUAAACCGGUUACCUCAGUGAUACACAUGGAAACUGCUUAGACAUCACUGAACAGGAGAGUAAGAAGAGAAGAAACACACAGCACAAAGUGAACUUCCUUUUUUUUUUUUGCCUGUUGUGUUUAUAUUGUAAUGCAUUCACGCUGCAGCAGCUGAUUCUUCUGUACUUGCAGAAUAUUACAGAACCUGGAAUUAAUGUGAAAUAAAAGUGUCAGUUUAAAUUUGAGAAGCUUUACUGCUGAUAGUAAAUCUUAUUAACUUAAGGCAUCAAACCCAGAGACAUGAAGAGCUUGGAGUUUUGUUUUGCAAGCACAAUCUUUCUCCCCACUGUUAUGCAGAAAGAAAUGGCAA